AUGCGCCGGGUUGUCUUUUCGAGUUAUCCGCGCCUGAGGUCUUCCUGGGGGGCCGUUUUCAGGGCCGCGUCCGCCGCACCGGCGGGGCCCCACGCCGACCUCAGCCCCCCCCCCCAGCCCCGUGCGCUCACGACCCCGGAGGCCGAAAUCGUGGGCGAAACGAUCGACCCCCGGCGGGGCGCCGCCGCCGAUGGCGGCCCGCCUUCCGAGGACGGGGUCCGCCUUCUCCGCGAGGAGGAACAUCGCCUCUUGGAGCUCCACAAACUCCGGCAUUGGUAUUCCCAGGACGGCGCGUACGUCGGGUCUCGGGUCAAGGACGCCGUGUCCGCUGAGGUGGACCGGCGGCGGCGGCGGGCGGUUCUUCGCGUCCCCCAGCCCGAUUUGCCCUACCAGCCCAACGAGACCUCCUUCCGGCGGCUCCCCAAGCAUGUCCGCCUGCCCAACGAGUUCGAGCUCCGCGCGAUGUACCCGCUUUCCACGAGCUUGGCCCUUGUGGAGGGGAAGGCCGACUGCGUGGACCACAGCGCGUUCGGCGUGGAGGAGGCGCCCUUGCCGAUUUCCUACAGCAUGUUGGCCCCACCGGACUGGUCGCCUGGGCGGUCGUACCCUUACCUGGUGGUGCUCUCCGACCACCGCGGGGUUCCGCGGGAUUUCGAGGACGUGUGCGCGAACUUCUUCGAGCGGCCCGUGCAUUUUCGGCUGAUGUCCGACCAACAAUGGGUGGUCCUCGCGCCGGUGAUUAACAUGCGGCACAACUUCCAGGUCCCCGUGGAGGGCAUCGUCGCGCGGUUUUGCGAUUGGGUCGGCGAGAACUUCAACGUGGAGCACGGGAGGGUGCACUUGUUUGGCAAGGGCUACGGCGGCUACGUGGCGUUGCGGACGGUGCUGGAUUACAAGGAUGUCGCCAUCAGCGUCACCGCGAUUUUGGGACGCAAUAACUCGCCCUUCCGCCCUUUUGAUCGUCCGCAGGAUCGAAUCAAGAAUUUUAACGGCGUCCACAGCUUAGUGUUCGUCCCAGGCCUCUUGAGGAAGCAGGAUUAUUACUACAAAUUCAAACUCAUGAUGGAUAUGGGGCGAGUCCGGCCUCCGCUACGAAAUAUCCACUUUGCGGAUGUUUGGGACCAUCAAAUUUAUUAUGCGAUAAACCCCUAUGAGUUUUGGAACUACAUGCGAUACUUUAGAGAGUUCAACAUGAAAAUGAUCACCGAGAGCGGGUAUUCGAUUUGA